AUGUUUAUUUUUAUAACAUACAAGGAUUCGCCGGAAUUAUCCGUUCGAAGAGCAUCAGAAACAGAUCUUUCCACUGAAAAAACGUUACUGGUUAAUCCUAUUUGUCCUGUCAGAAUUAUGUUGGAGUAUAUACGAAAGAAAUGCAGGUUUGGUAUAUUCACACAGUUUGAUUUAUGUGAUGAAUCUGGUGCAUUAAAGGGACUAUUCAAUAUGCCGACCUAUGCAUAUGCCACUGAGCAGUUCGAGCAUAAAAAAACAUAUUACCUCAUUGUAUUGAAAAUGGAAUUUGACAAAAAGAUAUCGGUUCUACCACAAUUAAACCACGAGAAUGCCCGUUACGAAGACUUAAAGAGUAAGGUGACGAAUUUCAUGUCGGGCGAGAGUCCUAAUAGGUCUCCUCCACCAGCACCGACUCCUUCAGGGAAGACUACACCAAUGUCGAAAGUUGGAGCUAAGAAGAAAUAA